AUGAAUUAAAUUUCAUAAUCUUAAUAGAGUUAGGAAAUUAAAUGUAAUGAUCAUCCUGAUAAACCUGCGCUUUUCUGGUGUAAAUCAAAUAAUUGCAAAGAGAAUCGAAUUUUCUGCCUCAAUUGUUAAAAGUAGAAAAAGCAUGGUUAAAAUUAUGAUCAAGAUAUCCAAAGUAUUCAAGAAUUACAUUAAUUUUUAAUUGACUAAUCAAAAUAUUCUAAAGUUCUAGUUUCUGAAUGUCAACUUUAAUUAUAACUAACACUUAAAUCAUAUGAUAAGUUGAUUUCAGGUUUAUCAUACAAGUUCUGUGGAAUAGAAGAAAAAACUAAUUAAUUUGAAACUUAUUAAAUAUACUAAGCUCUUGAUUCUAUGGUUUAAUUUGAUGAAUUUAAGAAUCAUUUAACAAAUAAUAUUUUGGGAUUCCUGUAGAAAUUUUAAAAAAUCUUGGAUGAUCUUUUUGUUUAAUUAGAAUUACAUCUCAUUAAAUAUAAGAUCACUGAUUAAUAGCUUAAAUUAAAUAAAGAAGAAUAUCAAAAAGGUAUUGAUUAAUAUUAAUCCUCUUUUAGGUAUCACUUUAAAUGCCAAAAAUAAAAAAAAUGAAGCAAUUCAAAUAUUUGAUAGAUUAUUAUUAACUGAACCCUAUAAUAUAGAAAUAAUGUACUAAAAAGGUUAAUAAUAUUAAUAAUUUUAAGCAAAUUCAUUAAAUGAAUUGAAAAAGGUAACAGAUGCAUUAUAGAUACACAAUUAUAUACUUACAAUUAAUCCAUAAUAUGAAAUCUCAUUUUUGACAAUGGGUAUUAAAUGAUUAUAAUAUUUAGGUAAAAUCUUAAAUAAAUAUUAGUAACAAUUAAAGGUUAAGAAAUCAAAAGUCUUAUUAUUAAGCUUAAUAGUAAUACGAAAAAUGUGUUUAAUUAAACAUUAAUAAUUAAGAAGCCUAAUUUGGAAUAGGUUCUAUUUGAUUAUAUAUAUUAAGGAGAAUGUUUAAGAGAGACUUAUUAAUAUAAUCAGGCUCUAUAAUACUAUCAAAAAGCUAUUGAAAUAGAUUCAUCCAAUAAAGACUAUUUCUAUUAUUAAGGUAAAAGUUAAACUUUAAACUAUUUAGGAGAUUGUUUAAGGUCCUUAAAAAGAUUUCAAGAAGCUAUUAAUACUUAUGAUAAAGUUUUAAUUAAAGAUCCUAAUCAUGCAGAAUCUAUGGCAGGAAAAGGUAUAAAAUAUAAAUUAAAAAUUUAAGGAAUAUGUCUAAUCUUUUUAAAAAGGAUUGAUGAAGCAAACAUAUUAAUAACAAAAUCACUAGAUUUAAAAAAUAAUUGUCUUUUAGGGUUAUGUGGAUAUGGUAUAGUAUUAGAUGAAAAUGUUAGGAAUUUAUUUAUUUUCAAUUAAUUAAAAAAAAGAAGCUAUAUACUAUUUUGAUAAAGCAUUAGCAAUAGACCCGUUUCAUCUGAAUUCAUUGUAUGGAAAAAGUAAUUGAACUAUAAGAUAUAAAAGGUGGAUGCUUAAGAAUAAUGAAUUAAUAUGAAUAAGCACUUCUGUAAUAUGAUAUAGUUUUGGCUAUAGAUUCAUAGCAUGUCAAUUCAUUGUAUGGAAAAAGUAAUUGAAUUCAAUUAGUAAAAGGUGAAUGCCUAAAAAUGAUGAAAAAAUAUGAAGAAGCAUUAUAAUGGAUUGAAAAAGCUUUAGCUGUUGAUUCAUAGCAUGUGAAUUCAUUAUAAGGAAAAGGUAAAUUGGCUUAUAGUUAUAUUAUUAAGGAGGAUGUCUAAAAAAGAUGAAUAAAUUUCAAGAAGCACUAGAAUGUUAUGAUAAAGCUUUGAUAUUAGAUCCAUAGCAUUUUUAUUCAUUGUAUGGAAAAAGUAAAUGAGUACAAUUAGUAAAAGGUGAAUGCCUAUUAAUGAUGAAAUAAUUUGAAGAAUCAAUAGAAUGGAUAGAAAAAGCUUUGGCCAUACAUCCAUAACAUGUUAAUUCAUUGUUAUUGAAAGGUAUAUUGAUAUAUAAUGAAUAAAAGGUUAAUGCUUAAGAUUGAUGAAUAAAUCAGAAGAAGCUCUAAAAUGGUAUGAAAAAGCUUUGGCAUUGCACCCAAACGAUGUGAAUUCAUUAAACGGAAAAG